AUGGCAUCUAGUAGUGCUGUUAAUGCAAAAGACACGGUGGAAGGUAAAGUGUCGGAUGCAUACAACCAAACCAUAACAAUGACUACUGAUAGAAGUACUAUUGAUGCAAAAGACUCGACUAGGGAUGCGUUGGUCGAAGGGAAAGAUAAAGUUGAUGAUAAUUAUGAAGAUGCAAAAUCGAAGGCUUAUGAAUCAUAUAAAUCUGCAAAGGAUACUAUGAAUGAGCAAGCCAAGGAAAAGUAUGAAGAUGCCAAAGAGAAGGCCUCAGAUGCUGCUGGCAACCUUGGCCAAAAGAUGAGAACUGCGAGUACAGAACUAUGA